ACAAGGACCUGUACAAGGAGGCCAUGAUGGAGGAGCACCAGCCUCUUAUAUCACAAGAUGGAUCCAGGAGGAGAAAUCCACCAGAGAGAUGUCCCCGUCCUCUAUAUUCCCAGGACUCUCCAGAGGAGAAGUUCCCGGAGAACCCUCAGAUGAUAAAUCAGGGGGAAGAACUGACUGAUAUUAAAGUGGAGGAUGAAGAAGAGAGGAUGAUGGGUGAUCCAUCGUGUAGGAGUGAGGAGGAGGAAGACAUACCAGGAGAUAUCACCACAGCAGAAAAUCCCAGUACAAAUUCUGAAGGAAACUUAUUGUCACUAAAUUAUAAAGUAGAAGAUGAAGAUAUGCAGCCCUCUUCAGGAGAAAAUAUUAAUGGGCAUCCAGGACUUCACAGUACAGAUCUGUCAUAUAAUCUUCCUGAUUAUGAGAAACCUUCUCUUGACCAGAAAGAGCGUGCCAUUUUUCAAUAUGGUAAAGAGUUCACAAAAAGAUCAAGUCUUUUUACAUACAGAAAAAUUUGCAUCGGGGAGAAGCCAUACUCCUGUUCAGAAUGUGGGGAGUGCUUUACAGAUAAAUCACGUCUUGUUAGACAUAAAAAUAAACACACAGGAGAGAUGUUUAAAUGUUUAGAAUGUGGGAAAGGUUUUAAAAUCAAAUCAAAUCUUGCUAUACAUGAGAGAAUUCACACAGGAGAGAAGCCAUAUUCAUGUUCAGAAUGUGGGAAAUGUUUUAGAAAUAAAUCACAUCUUGUUACACAUGAGAGAAAUCACACAGGAGAGAAGCCAUUUUCGUGUUCAGAAUGUGGGAAAUGUUUUAAAGAUCAAUCAGGUCUUGUUAGACAUAAGAGAAGUCACACAGGAGAGAAGCCAUAUUCAUGUUCAGAAUGUGGGAAAUGUUUUACACAAAAAUCUGAUCUUGUUAGGCAUGAGAGAAGUCACACAGGAGAGAAGCCGUUUUCGUGUCCAGAAUGUGGGAAAUGUUUCACACAAAAAUCUGAUCUUGUUAAGCAUGGGAGAAGUCACACAGGAGAGAAGCCAUAUUCAUGUUCACGAUGUGGGAAAUGUUUUACACAAAAAUCAGAUCUUGUUAAGCAUGAGAGAAGUCACACAGGAGAGAAGCCAUAUUCAUGUUCAGAAUGUGGGAAAUGUUUUACACAAAAAUCUAAUCUUGUUACACAUCAGAGAUUUCAUACAGGAGAGAAGCCGUAUUCAUGUUCAGAAUGUGGGAAAUGUUUUACUGAAAUACCAGGUCUUGUUAGACAUGCGAUUAGUCACACAGGAGAGAAGCCGUAUUUGUGUUCAGAAUGUGGGAAAUGUUUUACACAAAAAUCAAAUCUUCUUACACAUCAGAGAAGUCACACAGGAGCAAAUUUCUGUAAUUGAUUCCAUUUGGGUACAAAUAAAUUCAAACCAAAUAUAAAGAUUGCCCUAAUAUAUUAUGGAUGACAUUCUGAAGUCUUGUAGGGCUUUAACGUCAAGGCAGCAUUGGCAAUCUUAAAGUGGCAGUAAAAUAUAUAGAUAUGGAUAAACAGAUGGUGGCCGGUGGUAAUAGGCAAACUGUUUAACAACACAUUGCACUUUUGGCUUUGUUACGCUUUUUAAAAUAAAAUAAAAAUUCCAACCCUUUUUUCGGGGAGAUUCGAUGGUAUGGACGUUACAUUGACGACUUGCUGCUGGUAUGGUUGGGCGGUGUGGCGGACAUACCACCGUUCUCCUCUUAUUUGAAUAAAUGUAUUGAAACUCUCUCUUUCAGUGUUCACCAUGAAACUAUGUCUGUUCAUUUUUGGGAUUUUUGUUUGAAAGGCGACAUUGCAGAAUCUACGGUCCGUACAU